UACAUGCCAGUUGCCAAGUGUCUGAACUUUGACCACGUGACCACGAGGAUGCUGCAACAGUGGUAGGUGUAAGAAAACCAGUCAUGUCCCUUUUUUAAGUGUCAUUGUAACUUUGAACAGUCACCAAAUGAAUAGUUGUAAGUUGAAGACUAUUUGUAGUUCACUUCAUAAGCUGUUGUUUAGCCAAAUUUGAUUUCCUUUAGAAUGCUUGUGCAAAUGGAAUUGGUUGGUUUUGUACCAAGCAACAUAUAAAGCCCAGCUAUGGGAAUAAAUCCCCUGCAGAAGGGGAUAAAUAAGCCUUAAUGAGGUUUGCUAUUCUCUUUCUUUCCCUGCAAAUCUGCUGACUAGGACAGAUGGUGUUACUAUGCUUGUGUUACAUACAAGAGAUUCAGCUGCACCUCCCUCCCCAUUCCCCCAGGGGAUGGAAGGCGGAGGGAAGAAGACUGAGAUUCAUCCUCUCCUUUCAGAUCUUGUUUCACAAUGACAUAGUCAGAUAUACCAAUCCCAAAGCAGAAUGUGAAUAAAUGAUUCACCCUAGGACAGGUUGAGACAUCACAGAAUUAUGGUUUGGAUAUAUACCCAUAUAUAGAAACUUAAUCUGUGGUGUCUCCAAGGCAUUAUUAUUUAUGGUUUAGUGUAUUUUGCAAAUAAGAUGCAUAUAGAUAUGAACCACUCUUGACGUGAAGCAGGAAGCAGGAUCAAUCAAAUCAUAAAUUGCCUUGAAGUUAAAAUAAACAUGGAUGGGUGUAUGCAUGCCAGGUUGCGCAUGAGUGAAAAGAGGGUGCAUCCGAUUAGAUUCAUAAGGCAAAGAGGAGGGAAUUUUUCCAGAUGGCUCCUGCAUAGACCUGAACAUGAACGUGCCUGUUUGGUUGUGUGGCUGCAAGUCAGGAAAGACAAGGACUCUCUUGCCUGGAUUUGAAAUCAGAAAAGGAGGAGACUGGGGAAGGGGAGGGGAAGGAGCUGAGAAAAUCUCCAGGUAUGUUUGGAGAUUAGCACAAAGGCAAGAAACUACUCUACCAUUGAGCCAGGCUGAAGCUGAGGGAGAAAAACUGUGAGUGUCUUAAAGGCCAUUCUAGAUCUUCUCAGUGGACAAGACUCAAUACCUGGCAUGGGUCCAUGACGUCGGUAAUCAUAUUUAAUUCCACUUCCACAACAUUGUAUAUUGUCCACCUGCUUCACAACCUUGUGCGCUUGUUUCCUUCAGCUCAUGAUCCCGAUGGAGAGCAAUGCUAAGAGGGGAUUGGGAGACUUGAAUGUCAUGGAGGAAUCACAUGCAGAGCCUGCAGGCUUAGAGGGUUCAAAGGAGGAGGAAGCAAGGCGCCCGGUGGCACAGUGGACAGCAGCCGAAGUGUGUGCCUGGCUAAGAGGAAAAACCUUGGGAACUCCAGGCAGUCCACUGCUGGAGGCAGCCAAUAGCCAUGCCAUCUCUGGCAAGGCUCUCUUGCGCCUCUCCGAGGAAACCCUGGAGCGCAUGGGGAUAGUGCCGAAGAGCCUGCGGGAGGAGCUGUUGCAGGAGAUCCUCCUGCUGCGCAUUCAGCAAGAAAUGGAAGAUUUGCUGGGCAUUUCAGAUGAAUAACCCAGGAAGUCCAGCAGUUUAAAACCACAACUGUCUGAAAAUCAGCCAUCUUGAAGCAUCCUUUAGAAUUGGUUAUUGGUGUCAGCUGUGCCUCCAGUUGGAUUGUGGGUUCAUGAAUUGGAGCAUGAAAAUCGGUCAUUUGUAACUCGGACUCAAUUCUUCAUGUUCAGUGCAAGUUCUUUUGUAGAAAAGUAUGGACUUCGAAAAGGAGGCUGUUCUGUUAUUAUUACCCCACAUGGAAAGACCUGCUGAUAGCUGUUGAAAAUGCACUUCAACACUGGGCUAUUCUGCAACAAUGAAGGGGUAAUUAAAUCUUUGGAGAGCAUUCAAGGUUUCUAAGUCAUCUUAAGAAUAAACCUAUUCACAUCAUAUAAUAUCA